UAAUAUAUGUCCUAGAAAAAUAGGAAAAAUUACAUUACUUCGCAAAGCAACUGUGAGUUCCGACCCGAAGACCCGAACAUAUCUCUGCUCGAGCGGCGGCGCCGAUGGGCCGACCACCUAGUAACGGACUCCCCUCCUUUCGCUUCAACUCUCUCGAGGUUGCGGAGAUGGAGGCACUCCUGGAAGCACAUGAUUAUGCUAUGCCUUCACGAGAAAUUCUUGAUGCCCUUGCUGAGAAAUUUAGCCUUACAGCCGAAAGGUCCGGAAAGUUUGUGGUUCAAAUGAAACAAGUGUGGCAUUGGUUCCAAAAUAGGCGGUAUGCAGUUAGAGCAAAAGCUUCGAGGCCAUUAACUCAAGAUGACUCAAGUACUGUGACAAAUAUGCCCCAAGCUCCUCAGUCAAAACCAUCCCCUCAAGCAUUCACAGAUACAGCAAUAGAUGUGACUGAAGGCCCUCAAACUUCUCCUGAAAGUAGGAAUGGAGCAGACAGUAACUCAAUGGAGUUUGAAGCUAAAUCUGCAAGGGAUGGUGCAUGGUAUGAUGUUGCAAUGUUCCUAUCUCAUAGAAGUGUUAACGCUCAGGACCCGGAAGUUCUGGUGCGGUUUGCUGGAUUUGGAGCAGAGGAGGAUGAAUGGGUGGACAUUGGUAGGCUUGUUAGGAAAAGGUCUCUCCCAUGUGAAUCCUCAGAAUGCGUUGCAGUUCUUCAAGGAGAUCUUAUACUCUGUUUUCAGGAAGGCAAAGAUCAGGCUCUUUACUAUGAUGCUCAUGUCCUUGAUGCACAAAGACGGAGGCAUGAUGUAAGAGGUUGUCGUUGUAGAUUUCUUGUGCGUUACGAUCAUGAUCAAUCUGAGGAAAUUGUGCCGCUGAGAAAGGUUUGUCGUCGACCUGAGACUGAUUACAGGUUGCAGCAACUUUAUGCUUCAAAUGAGCCCGCAUCUGCAAACCAGUCUAAAGCUGGUGCUGUACCUUGUACAGACAACACUUUGAGGGUUUAUCCUCCAGUUGAACCAGUGCAAAAGCAGCGCAAAAUUCAGGACAUACUAGAUAAUGUACCUGCGGUGCCUGGCACUUCUCAAACGAAUUUACUUGUAGGGACCGAGAUUAAAGCUGAGCAGACAGAUGUUGAUGAUAUUGCUGAUGCUGGUACUAUUGAGAAUUCAGGUGCCCUACAGAGUAAUGAUUCUCCACAACCAGAAGAUUUGAAGACUGACAGCCCUUCUAUGGAAAUUUCAGAUGCUGGCGAUAAUUCUCUGCAGCCACAAGUUUUGAAGAUUGAGAGUCCUAGUGCUAUGGAAGUUUCAGAUGCUGGGAACAAUUCUUUGCCGCCACAAGUUAUUAAGGUUUCCAGUCCCGUUACUAUGGAAACAUCAGACGCCGGUAAUAGUUCUCUGCACCCAGAAGUUAUGGAGAAUGUUGGUCCUAGUACUACAGAAAUUUCAGAUGCUGGUGGUGUUCAGCAGCCAAAAGUUACUGAGAUCACAAACGUCGGUGAUUUGGAUAGUUUAAAUGCUUCACCCACAAUUGUUAUGCAGCAAGAAGUCGCUGAGAUAGUCAGUGAUGCUGAUCUAGGUAAUUCACCUGUCCCGCAUGUUAAUGAUAGUCAAGAAAAUUUACCUGUCGCACCUCAGUCAGAAAUUGAAGAGACUUCUGGUAGUUCAGGAAGUGAAAAUAUUCCGCUGGGUGCUGCAGCUUAAUUAGUCCAAAUAGUAUUUAUCCAAGGAAAUCGCGAUGCUGCUGCAAUCAACCAAAGUGCUAGUAACUUUAGGGUAUGUUGAAAAUGGCUAUGGCAGCCCGCAUGACUGUAUAUUUCAAGUUUGUAAUUUUACUGUUGCAAAUCAACAUAGCCCUCAAGUUUCCUUUAAGGCAACAUGUUAGCAGUGGGCAAGUUUGCAUAUGAUAAUAUUAUAUUUCUAACAA